AUCUCUGCACAUGCGCACAUCAGACACCUCGCUGGUCCUUUUCUCGCUCCGUGUGGACCGAUUAGCACCGUGCGAUCAAUCAACAUGCAGCUCUUCGUUCGUGCACAGAACCUGCACACCCUUGAGGUGACAGGACAUGAGACUGUCCAGGAUGUCAAGGCCCAUGUCCAGACUCUGGAGGGUCUGUGUGUAGAGGACCAGGUACUUCUCCUGUCUGGCACUCCUCUGGAAGAUGCCGCUACCCUUGUGAGCUGUGGAAUUUCCGAGCACUGCACCCUGGAGGUUGUUGGCAGGCUUCUGGGAGGUAAGGUCCACGGUUCUCUGGCUCGUGCUGGAAAAGUACGAGGACAGACACCCAAGGUGGACAAGCAGGAGAAGAAGAAAAAGAAGACAGGCCGUGCCAAGCGUCGCAUCCAGUACAACCGUCGCUUCGUGAAUGUGGUGCCUACCUUUGGAAAGAAGAAGGGUCCUAAUGCCAACUCUUAAAUAGUUUUCUGUAACAUGUGUUCAUAAUAAAGUUGCAGGUUAAACACA